GAGAGGGAGAGAGACGAAGAGAAAGAGAGGGAGAGAGACGAAGAGAAAGAGAGAGAGAGAGGGAGAGAGACGAAGAGAAAGAGAGAGAGGGAGAGGGAGGGGGCUGGCUGGCUGGACAGACCAAGCUCAGUGCCAGCCUUCUCCUCCCAGAGGUGGGAAAAAUUCCCAAAGCCUGCCUGUUUGUUCCUCCAUUCCGAGCCCAGCCCGUGUGGAAGGCAUGCUGCUGUCUCUGCUGUCCCCCUCCGAGCUGUGGACAGGCUGUCUGGACUACAUCUCCAGGCCGUGCACGCUGCUCCUCAGCCUGGUCACUGCCUCGCUGUUCUGCCUGUGGGGCCGUGAGGGGCAGGUUCCUCUGUUGGUUUGUGGUGAUGGCUUCCGGGCAUUUCUGCAGAGACGCUGUCCCAUCGUGGCGGAGCGUUUCUGUCCCACUCCCUGGUGCUGGGGUGGACGCCUGCAGACGCUUGUGAGGGUGUUCAUCAAGUCCAGCCUUUCCAUCACAUACCGCAAUGAGCUGAUCAGGACAGGAGAUGGUGGUCAGCUCUCACUGGACUGGGUGGAUAACUCCAACAGUGCCGAACAUCCACAAACCUCCACUCGGCCUACGGUGCUCUUCCUGCCCGGCCUGACCGGAAACAGCCGCCAGACAUACGUCCUGCGCGCGGUCCAGCAAGCCACACGCCACGGAUACAGGUGUGUGGUGAUGAAUAACAGAGGUUUUGGAGGAGAGGAGCUGCUGACUCCUCUCACAUUCUGUGCUGCUGAUACUUCAGACGUAGAGACAGUUGUCAAUCACGUCAAAAAACUCUACCCACAAGCCCCUCUGCUCGGAGCUGGUGUGUCUCUUGGAGGCAUGCUGUUACUGAAUUAUCUGGCGCGUAAAGGGCAGGACUCUAAGAUGAUCGCCGCUCUCACCCUCUCCGUGUGCUGGGACUCGUUUGAAUCCUCCAUAUCCCUGGAGCAGCCAAUCAACAAGCUGCUUUUCAAUCGCCAUCUUACCAGGAACUUGUGCAGUGCCAUUAACAGACACAGAAAGAUCCUGGGAAAGGUGAUAGAUGUGGACUACGUGCUGAAGGCACGAACGAUCCGGGAAUUUGAUGAGCGCUUCACGUCUGUGAUGUUUGGCUACAAGUCCUGUGCUGAUUAUUACAGAGAUGCCAGUCCGGGCUGCAAAUUGCAGAAGACUGCUGUACCUGUGCUCUGUUUAAACGCUGCUGAUGACCCUUUCUCCCCUAAACACGCAUUCCCAGUAUCUCUCGCUCAGCGUUUGCCGAAUGUGGCUCUGUUGGUGACGGCUCAUGGAGGACACAUCGGCUUCCUGGAGGGUCUGUUUCCUAACGGUGAUGGCUACAUGGACCGCCUGUUGGGACAAUUCGUCCACGCUGCUUUCGAGCACCUAGAGGACCUGAGGGAAGCCUGCAGCAUCAAGGACCAGGUCACCCAGUAACAAAAACAAUAUGUUAUAGGUUAAGCUAAACAAUCACCACUGACCACUUUACAUUAGAUGACGAGUAGGCAAGAAAUAAUCCAAACUAAUUUAUCAACAUAUUAAAUAAUAAAAAUAAUAUGUUCAUUUUUGGUUAGAUUUUUCCUUCAUGUCAGAGGAACAGCUGAGGCAUGGUGGAAAUAUUCUUCAUAGGUGAAAUUCCCCUAGAAGAUGAUAAUGAUAUCGAUAAGUAGCGUUAAUAUUAAUGCUAAUUAUUUAGCAUGGGAGGUAAGCUAGAUAUUAAGUAACUUAAUUGGCAAUGAAUUAUUUUUUUUUAUACCCCUUUUUGGGAAACAGGCCAUGUGAAGAUUUCUUAUUCGUCAUCAAUUAUUAUUAUUAUGAUUAAUGGUCUGUCAUUGAUGUUGUAUUUACACAGUGCCAAUAAUUUGUAAUUUAGUACCUGAAACUAUAUGACCAGCAACUUUAUUACCUGGAGAAACUUGAUAGAAGGCACAAGUUUUGAAUAUUUUGCUUUUGAAUGUGAAUGAAUGUGAUAAUGAUAAGGUAUUAAUUAUAGCACUCUGGGGAUGUAAAUUAUUUUAUCAUGUUAUUAAUAACAUGUACAAUGCAGACAAAUCAGUGUUCAUUCAGUUCUAGUGUAUUUUGCUUAUAUACCGUACAUUGUUGUUAUAUGAUAAUCUGCCAUCGAUCCAUGCUUUUUUUAUGAAAGCAAAAGUGUCUAAAAUCAGUAUUUUAUAAAAUAUUUAUAUUGAAAUGUCUUGUUUUAUUUGAAUAAUAUUUGGAAGAUAUUUUUAAAUGUUUAUCGUUUUGGUUUUCUAAUGCAAUUUCCAAAUAUGUUGAGUCUCACAGAGAAAACAAUGUUAAAGUCCAACUUUCAGAUAUAUUUUUAAUGCACUACAUGGCCAAAAGUAUGUGUGCAACAUCACAUAUGAGUUUGUUUAGUAUAUGGCUCUAAAACUCUAAGUCAUUUAUAGAGAGUUUAGCCAGGUUGGGCACUGUUCUUUUUUUAGAAGGCCUGGCUGUCAGCUGGCAUUCCAGUUCAUCCCAAAGCUGUUGGAUAGGGUUUAGGUCAGGGCUCUGUGUAGACAAGCCAAGUUCCACCACGCUAAACUUGGCAGGUUCUUACUUCAUGAGACCCAUUUUGUGCAGCUGGGCGUUGUGAUGCUGAAGUGGUUCCAUCAGUUCCCAAAUUGUUGCAGCAGAGUUCUUUAGGAAGCACAGUUCUCGGGAAUGUUGUUAGUUCCCAUCAUUGGAACUAAGGGGCUCAUUAUUCCCCCUCUGCCAAACUUUACAGCUGGAACUAUACACUCAGGUAGCAUUCUGCCAAACCCUGAUUAAUCUGUUAGUCCACCCUGUGGUGAAGUUUAAUUCAUCACUGCAGAUAAUACAUUUUACAUCAUGGUGUUCAUGGGUUCUAGCUGAUGUUGAUGAUGGCAUUACUGAUGUUCCAUCCAGAGGCAGGGUGUGCUGUAACUAAGGGCAGAUUAUUUUAUGAGCUUCCCAUUCUGUGUGACCUUUCUCUUCACAACUGAGCUGUUGUUUUUCUAGAUGUUUUCAUGUCAUAAUCGCAGCACUUACAGUUGAUGAGGGCAGACACAUUAAACAUCACUGCUCUUCAGAAACUCCCAAUCUAUUGUCGGUGUUUGUCUGUUGAGACUGCAUGGCUGUUCACUUGUCUUACAUCUCCAGACACACUAAUUAGAUGUAUGUCCACAUACUUUUGGCCAUUUUUCAUUGUAUAAUGAAAAUUUUAAAUGACGACUAUGCCAGUGCCUUAUGAAUUGAUUUUUACUGGCCUGUGUAAGUUCAUGCUUGCAUUGUACUGAACUCCACAAAUGUGUGCUAUUCUGUUAUAUACCGUUGUAUGCAAAAGUUUGCGCGCCCCUGGUCAAAUAAAGUUUUGCUGAUUUUUCUAAUUGAAAUAAGUCCACAAAUCCUCUACAGAGAGCACAGUUCUGCACAUUUUAAUGUACAGUUACUGCUUACUUGCGGAUUUUACCAUGUUAGAAAAAAAUAAAUCAAAAUAUGACCUGUGCAAAAGUUAUGGCACAUUUUGUGCUGCACAAUUUGCACAACAAAUGUCAUAUUUAAGUUUGCUCCCUGCUGAGGAAGUGUUAACAUGUUAACAUUGACCAGACGGGGUCAACGUUUUGCAUACAACUGUAAUAUUUGUUAUGUCUAUGAACUGUGAACACAAGUGAUAAUGAAAACCUGAGGAAUAUUCAGGAGCAGAAAAGUGGAUUGCAUUGGAAAUGCAAUGAUGGCCUCCAAAGAACUUAAGCAUCAUAUAACAGUCAUAGCACCAUUGUGAAGGCACUGUGAAUCGUACACAAACGUCUGCCUUCCCCUCUUUUUGUAAAGCUUGAUUGGGGCUGAUCACUUUAAGCUUUUGGGCUGCUUCUUCAAACCCAGAUUAAGGGUAUGCCUAAAAAUAAAGGAUUCCCAGUGGUGAUUCGUCAUUGGCAUGGAAGUUUUAAUCCUUUAGUCCAAGACUAGGCUCUUAAUCCAAGUGAAAGACAUUGCCACUUUUUUUGUUUUUUAUUUUUUUUUAUUAUUUAAGUGCCACUUUUUCAGAGUGAAGCAGGCCUGGGUGAUGUAAAACCAAUUAGCACCAUAUUUUCUAGUUCAAAUUGCAAUUAUUAAUAAAUCCCCCUCCCCUCUCCUCCACCAACCAGUACACACAGUCCACUGCAGCUUUGACCUAAUACUGAGUAUUACUGAGUAUUAAUAUCGUAUAAUAAGUAACCCAACAUCCUUAGAUAACUACUUUACCUGUCCUUUUAAUAGAUGUUAAUGUGUUGCUGCAAGCACAUGCAUUCCUGAGCUUCUUCUGGUGCAGGUUCAUGGUGAUGCGCAUGCUUGUAGCUCUCCCAGCUGGAGAAUCUUCAGGCUGGGAGAAUGCAUUGCUGCCAUAUCUGAUCCUGUUUUUUGGGCCAUAGAUGGGGAUCAGAGGAACCUUCUAUACUUCUAAAAGGUCCAGGGCUGGGUCUAACUUGGAUGCUAUAGGAUAAUACCCAAUAUUUCCGGUUCCAUGCACUCAAGCUAAACUUAAAGUAAAGUAUUUAGAAGGUAAAGAGUUGUGGGGUAAAGCUGGCCAUGGUCAUGGUGUGCAGCCAGGAGAACUGACAGACAAUCUUCUCUCUACCAUAAACAAAACACUAUUAGGUUCCUUUAAGCACGCUGAUUAAAGGAACGUGAAGCCCAAUUUCCCAAGAUAUUUAACAAGCUGUUUAAUCAAACGAGUCCUCUGAGGUUCUCCGUAUUCCUCAGCAUGGCGAGUAUUGGCUUUUAUGAGUUGCCGUCAGGUUUCUUGUGAAUCAUCGACGAUGAUAUCCGAUUAUCUUAUCGCCCAGGCCUGGUACAUGGCAUAAAUAUGGACACAUUUAAGUUUAGCCGCAUGUGGAAAGAAGCUGAAUGGUCUACUCUUUGCUCCGGAGUCAGUCAUAGUAAGUGAAUGACCGGGGAGUUUAUUGACCGACGAAGGAAAACCUGCUGAGCUCAGAUCACUCAUGCGACAGUGAAGGGCCAAAACUCUACGCACAAAAACACAACUAACUUUCUGCUAAUGUGCUCUUCCUCAUGUUUUUUUCUUUUCUGAAUAGUCUGUGAACAUUGAUCACCUACUUUGAAACACUGAUGCAUAGAAUUUGAUACACUUUUUUUAAUGUUAAAUGUAAUAGUGUUGACGUAAUUCUGCCUUAUGCCCGGCCCACACUACGUGUUGUUGUUGAAAAUGUGAGACCCCACGCAUAAUGACUGCCUUAAAUGAAACACCACACACUUUCAGGAACUGCUGCCUUGCGGGGUUUCUCGCGAACUAACGUGACUUUAGAUCUGAUCAAACAGAUGACAGCGAGGCUGUUGCUGGCGAUGUUGCUUUCUGUACAGAAAAGGCCAAGCAAAAGGGAAAUAAAGAGGUUGAAGCCGUGGCUACAGAUCGGAGGAGUAAAGGUGGGGAUACAGACACGCUAUAUGACAGGAUAAUCUAGGAAGAGCAUCAUUUAAGAUCACUUUGAUAGCGAGAGACCUUUUGCGAUUGUCCUGAGGAGCAAAACGGCCUAAAGAUGGGCCUGAUUGUCCUGUAGUGUGGGCCAGGCAUUAGUGCCCUCUUUGACAUCCUUUGUCGUUCUGAAUUGUAUAUUGUUUACUCACCAUGAUGCACUGAACUCUUAUAAUUAAGCAUCAAUAAAGUGCUUAAACAACUUA